AUGACAAAAACAACCGAUGGUCUCACAGCAUUAUAUGCAGCUGUGUAUCUAACAGUGGUUAGUGUAGUUCAGGAACUCAUUGAGAGUGGGGCUACAGUAGAUGUUCAUGACAAUCAACAAUGCACUCCUUUGCAUCUUGCAACAAUUAAAGGAUAUAUUCCUAUAAUGAAAACUCUUAUUCAAGCAAAUGCAGAUGUAUAUAAUAUUCAUAUUUAUGGCAAUAUGGGUGCUCAUGAUGCAGCAUUGGGUGGGAAAUGUGAUGUCAUCACAGUUCUGUUAGAGUCGGGGUUAGAUGUAAACUGCAAAUCUAAAAAUGGAAAUACAUUGCUUCAAUUAGCGGCUUUAAAAGGUCACAGAGAAUUAGUGCAACUCUUGAUCAGUAAAGGGGCAAAUGUCAAUGACAAAAACAACAAUGGUCUCACAGCAUUACAUGCAGCUGUUGUAUCUAACAAUGUUAGUGUAGUUCAGGAACUCAUUGAGAGUGGGGCUACAGUAGAUGUUCAUGACAAUCAACAAUGCACUCCUUUGCAUCUGGCAACAUCUUUUGGAUAUAUUCUGAUAAUGAAAACUCUUAUUCAAGCAAAUGCAGAUAUAUAUGACAUUGAUAUUGGUGCUCAUAAUGCAGCAUUGGGUGGGAAAUGUGAUGUCAUCGCAGUUCUGUAG